AUGCAAUCCACAAUCGAUUCUUUGAAAGAAAAGGAGAAUUCUGAGGUCAAGGCUGAGAACACAAGAUUGAAACAAGCUAUAGAAGAAAAUGCUACACUUAAGAUCAGAUUCGAAGAACUAGAAAAUAAAAACAAAACAGAUACCGCCAAGCUCACUGCUGAGAAUGCUGAGCUUAAAGACAGGGUCACGAGAUUGGAACAGAAGCAGAUCCAGGUACAAAGUACUAUUUCUUCUGAAAUAAAAGAUGAGCCUAAAGGACUAUUAUCCAUUCCGUCAUCUAUCGAGAGCCACUGUGAAGAGGAGAAAAACGUCAUUCCUGACCCCUUACCCGAACUAGAACAUAGCUUGACGAGAUCUGAAUCUUCAACAAAAGAAAAGAUUAGUAAUGAAAUAAGAGAAAGAAAUCAGGAAAAGAAACUUCAGAGUCAAGGAUCAAUACAAAACACAUCUUCCUCUUCCAAUAUACAAAAUGAGGUAAAUCCUGUUAUCGAAAUUACCCAUGACCAUAAGACCACCCAAUCAGAACCAAUUCCUACUGAUCAAGCACAAAAUACCGGAAUAAAAAUUCUAUACAAUGAAAGAGUAGAGCAAGGUUUAAGGCACGACUUAUCUGUAUUCAUUAAAGAAAAUAGUAAUAAAUUUAGUGAUGUAUUUGAUAUAAAAAUUCCUGAAUUUUCGUUAGAAGCAAUUAUAACAGGAUCUAGCAAAAUUACAGCACAAAAUAUAGCCGAUUUAUUUAUUAUAGCAAUGAAA